AUGCUUGCAGGCCCUUCGGAGGAAACAUCUGAUAAGUUGUUGGAACAUCAGAUAAGCUUGACUGUUGGAGUUUCAGAAAAACAGAAGACACUUUUGACACAUCCGCCAUAUUUUCUCAAAAUCAUUCUUAUCGACCGACAUCUUUGUCUCUCCAUUUCAAAAUGGCUGCUCUUGUUCGUCUCUUCAUAUUUACAUUUCUUUUUACUGCAAUUUUGCUCGUGGGAACUGAAGCCAGAAAGAAAAUCUCAACAGAUGAACUUCCAGAUGAUGGCUAAUGUUCCCGUGACAAAAAAGAUGGACAGCAGAACAUAUGAAAUGAUGCUGAUGUCUCGUUGUGGUGUACCCGAUGUCUUGACAAAUUUCGGCCUAAAUACUGUGGCCAGAUACCAGACCGUUGGCAAAUGGAACAAAAGUCUUCUCACCUGGAAUAUCAGCCAAUUCACACAGCAUUUGCCGCAGUCAUCCCAAUUCACUCAAACCUUAUCUAUCUAUCUAUCUAUCUAUCUAUCUAUCUAUCUAUCACAGUCUCUUCAUUCUAUCUAUCUAUCUAUCUAUCUAUCUAUCUCCGUUUGUUCAUUGUCUGUCUCUCCGUCUGCUUCUCUCUUUCUGUCUAUCUACGCUCUAAAUUUGGACAUUGCUUGCUUAUUAUCUAUCUAUCUAUCUAUCUAUCUAUCUAUCUAUCUAUCUAUCUAUCUAUCUAUCUAUCUAUCUAUCCCUGUUUGUUCAAUAUCUAUCUAUCUAUCUAUCUAUCUAUCUAUCUAUCUGUUGUGGCCUUUAAAUUACCAUAACACUAUCUAUCUAUCUAUCUAUCUAUCUAUCUAUCUAUCUAUCUAUCUAUCUAUCUAUCUUAGUCUGUUUAUAUCUGUCUAUCUCUCUCAAUCUUUUCAUAUCUAUCUAUCUAUCUAUCUAUCUAUCUAUCUAUCUAUCUAUCUAUCUAUCUAUCUAUCUCCGUUUGUUCAUUGUCUGUCUAUCCGUCUGCUCCUCUCUUUCUGUCUAUCUACGUCUAAAUUUAGUAAUUUUUUUGACAGGCUAACAUUCCAGCGGGCAUUUUCAUAUUGGUCGGAUGUUGUACCACUGACCUUCAACCGAGUGGAAUCCGGUGAACCGGACAUCGACAUCAAGUUUGUCCCUUCGAAACAUGGCGAUGGACUCAGCUUUGACGGACCAGGAAACGUCGUGGCUCAUUCAUUUUUUCCGGGUUCUGGUCCACACGAAGGUUGUGCUCACUUUGAUGACACUGAACGAUGGUCGUUGGACGAAGACGGAGUUGACCUUCUACACAUGGCCACUCACCAGCUGGGUCAUGUUCUCGGGCUAGGACACUCGACCACACCCAAUGCUGUAAUGCAGCCUUUCGAUAAAGGAUUUGAUGCCAACUUCGAACUCCAUACAGAUGACAUAGAAGCAAUACAAACACUUUACGGUGCUCGCUACACAACUGCAAGACCCAGUCGAGACUCGACAGAGAAGACGACUCCCAGUGUGAAUCCAAAAGCCUCAUCGAAGUCUUCUGAAAACACCGGGAAAACAAGAGAAUCCUCAUCCGUCGAAGCGCAAAAAAACAGGAAGAGGGCGAAAGGACCUCGAGCGAAAUCCAACAAAGACGGUGCCAAAAAUCAAAGAAAAUUCUCGAAGAAAUUAGCAAAGAAAAUUUGCAAAUUAAGGUUCGAUGCAAUAAUUCACGGUCUCGAUAACAAAACGUUCGCCUUCCGUAAAAAUUCGAUGUACGACUUGAGCAGUACAAACGUGACACAGAUGAAAAUCAAGUCCGUCCUGAAGAAGUCUCCGAUUAAUGUUGGAGCAGCACUUUUUCAUCCGGUUACGAAGGAACUGUUCCUGUUUAAAGGCAAGAAAGUAUGGAAAUAUGGCAAUAAGAAAUUGAUGAAAGGCUAUCCGAAGACAAUCAAAGAUCCCAGCUAUGAUUCUCCAAACGCAGCUCUGCUAUGGCAUAAUGGACAUAUCUUCCUCUUUAAGGGAGAUAAAUUUUGGGCUUGGGAUGAUCAUACGUCGGGUGUAAUGGAAGGUUACCCAAGCAGUCUUGAUGUUUACUGGCCAGGCUUACCCGAAAAUGUCGAUGCCGCACUCAGGUUUGCAGACAGUAGCAUUUAUUUCUUCAAAGACAGAAAAUACUAUAAGCUGGAUAACGUCAAUCGAACUGUUCUGAAAGGCUACCCAAAGAGCACGGCCGGAGACUGGUUGCGAUGUUAA